CGAUAUUGACUCUAUAGUAAGCGUCUCGGUUCCUCCUGACAAGACGCUGCUCUCUCUCUCCGUCUCUGAGAAAAUGACGGCGAGACCAGAAGGAAGUCCGCCGGAGGUCACACUGGAGACCUCCAUGGGUCCUUUCACCGUCGAGAUGUAUUACAAACAGUCACCGAGAACGUGCCGGAACUUCGUGGAGCUAUCACGGAGAGGUUACUAUGACAAUGUUCUCUUCCACAGAAUCAUCAAGGAUUUCAUAGUGCAAGGUGGUGAUCCUACUGGAACUGGAAGAGGUGGCCAGUCCAUUUAUGGUUCCAAGUUUGAGGACGAGAUAAAGGCAGAGUUGAAGCACACAGGAGCUGGGAUUUUGUCAAUGGCAAACGCUGGUCCUAACACUAAUGGGAGUCAGUUCUUUAUCACUUUAGCACCUGCACCUUCCUUGGAUGGAAAGCAUACUAUAUUUGGCAGAGUUUGCCGUGGUAUGGAGGUGAUCAAGAGGCUCGGUAGUAUCCAAACCGAUAACACCGACAGGCCAAUCCAUGAAGUGAAGAUUCUGAGGACCAAAGUGAUUGAUUAGUAGUAAACGACGAUGACUAACUUGAUGAAGAACCAUAACUCUGUUUGUACUGAUCCUUAUUAUUACUAUUGGACUAGCUUUUGUCAUGGUUGAUUUUAAUGAGUCAAGUCUGUAUCUCUAUCUCUCUGUUCAACA